AUGCCAUAUCCAGUGGCAUUUAAUGCAGCAUUCUUUAAACCAGUGUUUUUAACAUAUGGAUUGACUGCUCCAUUGGUUACACUUUUGGUAGUUGAAAUGAUAUACUCGUGUGUUUAUAAUAUUGUUGGAGUUUUGCGUCUGCGUAGCAAUACCGGAUUGCGUUCCGCUCCGACAGAGUUAUACGGAGGU